UUCUAAUUGACUUUCUCGUAUAUUUGAUUCGCACAUCAAAACAUUAGUCAGUAGUUUCAAGUCCCACGUACAAUUUUCAUCUUUCCUCUUCUCUGUUCAAGUUUUCAUAAUUUAGAAAUAUACAAUUGGAAAGGGCAGAAAUUUGCGGCAAAGUUCAGCGAGAAGGCCAUUUAUUUAGUUGUUCGGGUUUAAUUUUCUUCAUUUUUAGCUCGUGAAUCGCCACCUUCAUUCCGCGCCGCGCUCCCAUCUUUUUUUGAUGUUAGUUUCACCCAUUUCUUGACGAAUCCAAAUAUUGCUUUUAGCUGAAGUUGAUUGGUUUUCGAUUCAGCCAUUUGGGGUUUCCAUAGAUUGAGAUUCGAGUCCCCGAGCUGAACCCAUUUGGAUGAUUGCCGACAAUUUAAGUUCUUUGAAGCUGUUCCCUGUUUUUGGGUGUUGAGCGGGCUUCAAUCCCUGAACUGUGAUGCGAAUCUGGAAAUUUUAAGGCCCAGAAUGGAUAUUUUGAAUGUGGGGAUUGGUUGGGUAGGUGGGUUCUUUGAAUGAGGCAGCAAUGUGGUGUUUAGCGGAGCAAUGGAUGUUAGAUCUGAUGGUAUACAGGUCAGGUCCGAUAAACUCCCAGCUCCUGUAGUUCCGAGGACCCGUUUGCAGGUUUGGUUUGUUCGUGUUUGUUCCAGCAUUUUGCUUUGGACAUUUUUGGUUCAGCUUGUUGCAUUUGGGAAGCUAUGGCAUCCCCUUUUUGUAUCAAAUAUAACCAAUCGGAUUUCGCAAGUUACUGGGAUUCCGCUCUCUCUAAACGUCGAAGAGUCCAUUCAAUCGACGCCACUUCUACCAGCAAGAAACUAUUCAAGUAAUGGUUAUCUUCGAGUGUCCUGCAAUGGCGGAUUAAAUCAGAUGCGUGCUGCGAUCUGUGAUAUGGUGACCGUUGCUCGCCUUUUGAACUUGACGUUGGUUGUUCCAGAACUUGAUAAAACAUCUUUUUGGGCGGACCCUAGCAAUUUUGAUGACAUAUUUAAUGUGAAGCAUUUUAUUGAUUCACUGAGAGACGAAGUCCGCAUUGUCAGAAGACUACCCAAAAAGUUCAAUAGGAAAUAUGGAUUUAUGCCAUUUGCCAUGCCCCCAGUUAGCUGGUCAAAUGAAAAGUAUUAUUUAGAACAGAUUCUUCCUCUCAUUAAGAAGCAUAGAGUGUUACAUUUUAAUAAAACAGAUACACGCUUGGCAAACAACGGAAUCCCAGUUUAUCUACAGAAACUCAGGUGUCGGGUCAAUUUCCAGGCACUUAAAUUCUCCCCUCAGAUUGAGACAUUGGGUUAUAAGUUAAUUCGUCUACUUCAAGAAAAGGGACCUUUUGUGGUCUUGCAUUUGAGAUACGAGAUGGAUAUGCUGGCCUUUUCAGGUUGUACACAUGGCUGUACAAAGGAAGAAGCUGAUGAGCUCAAACAGAUGAGAUAUGCAUUCCCUUGGUGGAGGGAGAAAGAGAUCUUGUCUGACCAGAGGAGAUCACAAGGUCUGUGUCCUCUGACCCCAGAGGAAGCAGCACUGACAUUACAGGCCUUAGGUUUUAACAAUGAAACGCAGAUAUAUAUUGCUGCCGGCGAGAUUUAUGGUAGUGAACGGAGACUUGCAACUCUUAGGGAAGCCUUCCCAAUGAUUGUGAAAAAGGAAGCAUUGCUAUCCCCAGAAGAGUUGAAGCUAUUCCGGAAUCAUUCAUCACAAAUGGCAGCUUUAGAUUUUAUGGUUUCUGUAGCCAGCAACACCUUCAUUCCUACCUAUGAUGGUAACAUGGCAAGAGUAGUUGAAGGUCACCGUAGAUACCUGGGGUUUAAGAGAACAAUAACACUAGAUAGAAAAAAGCUAGUGGAAUUAGUGGAUAUGCAUCAGAAUGGUACACUUUCAUGGGAUGAGUUUGCUGCUGCUGUAAGAUUGGCGCAUGAGAAAAGACAGGGUCAGCCAAUGCAAAGAAGAGCAAUUCCAGACAAACCGAAGGAAGAAGAUUACUUUUAUGCAAAUCCUCAUGAAUGCUUCUGUGAGGGAAUGAACUGCAACGACUCACUAAGCCAUAAUAACUCAAGUAAAGUAAUUUAACUGCCACUGACCAAAUCCAGAUCCAACUUUCAUGGCGUUCCAAGGGGGAAUUUUUCACUUCAAUGUUGGUGAGCUAAUCUUCUCACUUUCAUUGCACACUGCCCGCUUAUGUCGAUACUCAAGCCUGAGAGUUUUUAUACAAAGAAAUAUAAAUAAAAUCCUACAGAAUUCUCCCUUGGAUAUCCAAUCAUUUGUUUAUAUAAUUUUAUUUGUUUCAUGUAACUCCUAUCCUGCCACAAAAUUUUAUCAUUUGUAUCAGAUGUGAGAUGUCAACAAUUUUUCCAGAUUCUUAAAACAGCCUGUUAAGGUA